CAGUUUGGAAUUUGCUGUAAACAAUCUCUGUUUCUCACUUGUCUGAAAUUUCCAUUUUCACAGCUCGAAGGAGAUUACGCUGGAAAUACUCUGUGAGACUGUGACAGAAGACACGUGUCAACGUACUGUGAACUAUUGACUGGCACGCAAACCCAAGCAUGCGAUUCCCUUCGACUUCCAUAUAUAGGAGGGGAGCAGAGAGCCUGCGAGUCUGCGACGUAACAGAGUAUCUGUGUUUCUGCAAGAUUUUUUCUCUCGUUUCUGGUAUUCCUUUCGAAGUUAGGGCUUUUCAUUUCUGUGUUCUUCGUCACAAUUUCGUCAGCUGGCUGUGGGUUUUCGUCUCUUGUUGAUUUUGUUGGAGUUUGCGAAUCUUGGUUAGGUCUUAUAGGUUGAAGGUUUUGAUAUUGAGGCGUCUGCAAUAGUGAUUUUACAAUUCACAGAGGAAAAUUUGACCCAUUAUAUGAUGGCAGUGAAAAAUGAAAAUGUCUCAAAUGGCAAUGAAGAUCAUCUUCCAGGAGAAGUGAAGAAGCUUCUUAAGUCACUGGCUUCAAGCUGGGGAGAUGUCAUCGACCCAAAUACCUUGGAAGUGAUUCCACUAAAGGGUGCAAUGACUAACGAGGUUUACCAGAUCAUUUGGCCGACACAAACAGGAGAAUUUCCUCGGAAGGUUCUUCUUCGAGUUUACGGGGAAGGAGUAGACGUUUUCUUCGACCGCGGUGAUGAGAUCAGAACAUUUGAGUGCAUGUCAAAGCAUGGACAGGGGCCUCGUCUUCUGGGGCGCUUUCCGAAUGGACGGAUUGAAGAGUUCAUUCAUGCACGGACACUGUCAGCAGACGACUUGCAUGACCCUGAAAUAUCUACCUUGGUAGCAGCUAAGUUGAAGGAGUUCCAUGAUCUUGAUAUGCCUGGUCCAAAGGAUGUUUUUCUGUGGGACAGACUGAGAAAAUGGCUUAAAGUGGCCAUAAGUUUGAGUUCUCCUGAAGAAGCAAAAGAAUUCUGCUUGGAUGCUUUAGAGAAUGAGAUCCAAAUAAUAGAAAGGGAAUUUUCAGUGGAUAAUCAACUCAUUGGAUUUUGCCACAAUGACUUGCAGUAUGGAAACAUUAUGAUAGAUGAGGACACCAGAUCAAUUACUAUAAUUGAUUAUGAGUAUGCAAGUUACAAUCCUGUUGCCUAUGAUCUUGCAAAUCACUUCUGUGAGAUGGCAGCGAAUUAUCAUUCUGAAACACCUCAUAUCUUAGACUACAGUAAAUACCCAGAUUUGGAAGAGCGUCAGAGAUUUGUGCAUGCAUAUCUUAGCUCUUCAGGCAAUGAACCCAGCAACCUGGAAGUUGAGCAUUUACUACAAGAAGCUGAGAAAUACACUCUUGCUAACCAUCUGCUUUGGGGAUUAUGGGGAAUAAUAUCGGACCACGUAAAUGACAUCGACUUUGAUUACAUGGAGUAUGCAAGGCAGAGGUUUCGGCAGUACUGGCUGAGGAAGCCUACACUGAUGUCUUCUUCAGAAGCAUCCAAUGAUGAUUGUGUAAAUGUAGUUAGUUAGUAAUACCUGAAGAUGGUGUUCAUAUUUCUUCCAUCAUGUGAAUAUUUUUGAUGUCAUCAGUUACUAGUAAAAAUGAAUUCAUUCCAGUGAUGCCUUACAACUUUACUUGAGGGGAAUAAUGAUCUUGCUGUAAAAUUGAUCAGCCAUUGAUGAAACAUCCUAACUGGAUUCAGUAGAGAAUAGUAUUCUAUGUUUUCAAUUAUUA